UGCCCGGCCGCGUCGCCGUCCCGCGCCCUUCCCGCGCAGCGCUCCUCCAGCGUGCCGGCGGUCCCGGUGCGGGGCUGCUAAUUGCCGCUACAGGAAAGCCAUGGUAAAAGACAUGAAAUAUCUUUAAUGGAAUUCUGAUCCUAAUCAAGCAGUUAAAAAUGGAUAUGAAUAUUAUUUUCUCCAGUGAGGACAACUCUGUGUGACGCUUGCAAGUGGAGAUAAUGUUAUUUUUAUUGCAGUCUGGAUGCUUCUUGAGUCAUUAUCAGAACAAGUCUGGUUGCUUUGCAGCAGUUUUCUCCCAGGUCUUCCAGAACCUUUUAGAAGACUGACAUAGUUCAAGUCUGAUGCUGAGCUUUGCAUUUGGUUCCGUAUUGUCUCCAAAUGUCUUUUUUGGUAAAUGGACAUUGACAUGGACUACGAAAGACCCAACGUUGAAACUAUCAAGUGUGUGGUGGUUGGAGAUAAUGCAGUGGGGAAGACUCGUCUAAUUUGUGCAAGAGCUUGCAAUACAACCUUGACUCAGUAUCAGCUGCUGGCAACUCAUGUACCAACAGUCUGGGCCAUUGAUCAGUACCGUGUCUGCCAAGAGGUUCUUGAACGCUCACGAGAUGUUGUGGAUGAAGUGAGUGUUUCUCUCAGGCUGUGGGAUACGUUUGGGGACCACCACAAAGACAGGCGCUUUGCUUACGGAAGGUCUGAUGUAGUUGUUCUCUGCUUUUCAAUUGCUAAUCCUAAUUCCCUGAAUCAUGUGAAAACGAUGUGGUAUCAAGAAAUCAAGCACUUCUGUCCUCGUACACCUGUCAUUCUGGUGGGCUGCCAACUAGAUCUCCGCUAUGCAGAUCUUGAGGCUGUUAACAGAGCCAGACGGCCCUUGGCAAGGCCGAUAAAAAGAGGAGACAUUUUGCCACCUGAAAAAGGCAGAGAGGUUGCCAAGGAGCUUGGGAUACCGUAUUAUGAAACCAGUGUAUUUGACCAAUUUGGAAUUAAAGAUGUGUUUGACAACGCAAUUAGAGCUGCCCUGAUCUCCAGAAGACAUCUGCAGUUCUGGAAAUCUCAUUUGAAGAAGGUCCAAAAACCUUUGCUUCAGGCUCCAUUCCUACCUCCAAAAGCCCCUCCUCCAGUUAUCAAAAUUCCUGAAUGUCCUGUACCGAGCGUGAACGAAGCUGGCUAUUUACUGGACAGCCCUCUGUGUGCAGAUGUGAUGUUUGUUCUCCAGGAGCAGGACUGCAUCUUUGCUCACAAAAUUUACCUAGCUACCUCCUCUUCAAAGUUUUAUGACCUUUUCUUAAUGGAAUGUGAGGAAAGUUCAGACUUGGAUGAAACACAGUGCAAUAAAGAAAAUACAAGUAAAGAUGUUCUGACAAGUCACCUUGAGACAAAUUAUGACACUGAUGAGAUAUCCUUGAAAUCUGUUGAUGUUAAAAUUCCUGCACCAGAAAGUACUGAUUCUUUGAACAUGCUCAAACCCGAACCUGCUGAAACAAUUUCUGCAGCAAAAUCUCUGUUAACCUGGGGUAAGGGGUUUGUUAGUGUGCAUAAGGAAAUGCAAAUGAAUCCUGUCUCAAAUAGGAUGUGUCCUGUAACUGUGGUAAAAAUGGAUUCCUCUGUGCAGGCUGGACCUUUCAAAACUGUUCUGCAGUUUUUAUACACAGGGCAACUGGAUGAAAAUGAAAAAGAUCUCACAAGACUGGCUCAGAUUGCUGAGAUCUUGGAAGUAUUUGAUUUGCGAAUGAUGGUGGAGAACAUUAUGAAUAAAGAAGCCUUCAUGAAUCAAGAGAUUACUAAAGCAUUUCAUGUCAGAAAAGCUAAUCGGAUAAAAGAGUGCCUUUGCAAAGGGACGUUCUCUGAUGUGACAUUUAAAUUGGAUGAUGGAACCAUAAAUGCCCACAAGCCACUACUGAUCUGUAGCUGUGAAUGGAUGUCCGCAAUGUUUGGAGGAUCAUUUAUCGAAAGCUUGAACAGUGAGGUAGUUCUGCCCAACAUAAACAAGACUUCCAUGCAAGCUGUUUUAGAUUACUUGUACACCAAGCAAUUAUCCUCCACUCAAGAACUGGACAUACUUGAGUUAAUCGCAUUGGCAAAUAGGUUUUGCCUUCCUCACCUGGUUGCUCUAGCAGAGCAGCAUGCAGUACAAGAGCUGACCAAAGCCUCCAUGAGUGGCGUUGCAAUAGAUGGGGAUGUACUGUCCUGUUUAGAAUUGGCUCAGUUUCACAAUGCUAACCAGCUGGCAGCUUGGUGCUUGCACUACAUCUGCACCAAUUACAACAGUGUUUGCUCCAAAUUCCGCAAGGAGAUCAAAGCUAAAUCUUCAGAUAAUCAAGAAUAUUUUGAGAGGCAUCGCUGGCCACCUGUAUGGUAUUUAAAAGAAGAAGAUCACUACCAACGAGUUAAGAAAGAAAGAGAAAAGGAAGAUUUUGCACUAAAUAAACACCAUUCAAGGCGGAAGUGGUGCUUCUGGAAUUCCUCUGCUGUAGUUGCCUGAACAGAACACAUAACUGGAAAUUCAUAGCCAGUGUCAGAAGUUAGUCUUAUUGUUAGAAAUAAGAUGUUUUCAGGAAACUUUGUUCCAUAUCUGUGCAUUUAUUACUGGUAGGGUCAAAAGCACAAGCCCACUGAAAGUGAGCCUGGAACAGCUCCUCAAAGUCCUAUGUAUAUUUUUGGCUAAUAAGAAGACAAAUGUCUACCAUUAUUACCUUUCUUUUUAUAUAAAAAAUAAUAAUAGAGCAUUAAUGUUUCAAUCUCCAAUUGGGAAAUAUUUUUAUACUGUCUAGUGUAUUUUGUUCAGAUAAAAUUGUGGAUUAUCAUUUUAUUUUACAGACCACAAAACCAUGUAGCAGCUUUGUAUUAGAUUUUAACUAUUUUUACUAUACGAGUACAGUGAAAUAGACAAUCCUCAGUCAUCAGAAACAGCUUUUAGAGUCUAAUCUCUCAAUCUCAUAAAAAGUCACCUUAGGAAAAAAAAAAUCAAGAUGCCUAGUAUAAAUGUUGGUUUUGUUAUUUUUUUAAAACUACGUACUGUGCAUUUGGUAAUAUAAUUAGAUGGGUAUUUCUCCUUUCUGAAGUAAAAAGUUAGAAUAAGAUCCAAUAACUGCAAGAUACGGAGUGCUUGAUCUUUGCUCAGCUGAAUAAUAGGCAAUAUAAUUACCUGUUCAACUGCAGGCAAAUGUAUUUCUAAUAUUUGCCCUGUAAGUGCAAAUAAUUAUGACUAUGUGAGCCAUGUGAAAUCUAGUGGUUCUAAGCAUUCAAAGGUUUUAAGCGUCUAGAUCAAAGAGGAUGUUUCUAAAACCAUUUAGAAGGGCUUAUUAAUUUAUAUCUUUAUAAGUAUGGAUCUGAAUAGAGAAAGCAGUUAUACUGCUUGCAUUUGAAGUACUGCACAGCAGUUACCUUGUUCAUUGUGGUCUUAACCAUGCAGCCAUUCCUCAUGCCGAAUUCCAUUUUACUUCAGUGCAAGCAAAUGAAAGGGCUGCAAAACCAACUAAGUUAUCUAGUAUUAUAAUCUUUCGUAAGUGAAGAAUGAUCUUCGCACACUAUCACUGCGUUUUAAUCUAAAGUGUUUUGUAGCUUUUUCCCUGGUAGAACUCAAAAGUGUUAGGGUUUGAGUAGGUCAUGUAUUUCCUCUGGAAAUAUUCUCAGAAAGCUGGGGGCAAAAUAAAGGCAGAAAGGAAGGAAUUCCUCAAAAGCAAUGUGAGAAAAACAAAAGCCUCCAGUGUUUUCAGAUACGCUGUGUGUUUAUGACUUUUUAUCAACCAUUGCUUUAAAGCUGCGGUGUUAUACUAGAUUAUAUAAGAAUGAAGCAUUUUUAAAAGACCAAAAGUAAAAUAUAUAGAUUGUAGAACAUACAUGUGCAGCCCUGCACAGUGUCUCAGGCACAAUUCUGUAACUAAGUUAGGUAUUGUAUAUUAGGUUUGUUAAUAUUUUUUGUCCUGGUGUCUCAGCAUACCAAUGUGAAAAGCUGUUUAUGUUUUUAUUUUCUGUAUUCACAGGUAAGGCAGUGCAGUCAAGCCCCCAUGCUGUAGGUCAGGAAAGGCUUUGGACUGAAAGCCAUAUACACCUCUACUUAUUUAGGUUCCAGUUGGAAUAAUUCUGGGCACAUGCUACCGGAGGGUGGUAGAAGCUGCCUAGCAGGGAAAGAGAUGCUGCUCUACAGACUUCUAUAAGGCAAGCAAGCAACAGAUUCCUAUCCCUAUAAAAGAUUCAUCACCAUACGGUGAUAAAGAAGGGCUAUAAAUGAUAGAUGCAAACACUGUCUCCUUAAUUCUUGAUCAGUGAUGAUGGAAAUUACAGAGAGGAAAGAAUGAGAAAAGAUGUAUGAAGGCAAAGAUGAGAUAAGUAUCUGUUGUCAUAAAACAUUAGCCAUUUUGAGUAAGUAUUACUACUAGGUUUUACACAACCAAAGCUACUGUAUGAUUGUAAUCUUGCCAAACUAAUGGAUAUAUAAGUGAACCUGAGGUAUAUGCAAUAAAAUCCAGUUGUGCUAGUUAUCAGCUACUAUAACCAAGUGGCUGGUUCAUUUGGUUAAUGCUGUCUAUGGCCUUUAAUCUUGGUGGUUACUUUGUGUUUUUUAUUUUGCAAAAAAGUCAAUAAAACUGUUUAGUUACAAA